AUGAGCAAAAUCUCGACUGUAAACUCCCAAAGGAACUCGUCUACAAACGCUUGGGCUCGGGGACCUCCCUCAACGAGCACACCUUCCACGAAUAUUUCGCAGCCAGCGCCCUCGCAGGCUCCUGCUCCCGUCUCGACGCCAACGACAUCAACCGCACCUUCUGGUCCCCGAACAAAUGGUCAAACAUCUCAUUCGAGGCGCUCAAGUGCGGUCUUUCCCAAUUCCUUUCAACCAUCCCCCUCGACUUUGAAAGAACCAGUUGCGGUCGGAAAGAAUGUCGUGUCGCCUUUGCCGGCGAAGCCGAAUAAUGUGACAUUUGGAUCGAUUGAUGAUACUAACGCUACCCUAUCGACAUCUCCUGCUGCACCUUCUACAAUGGCUGAUAUAAAACAGAUCAAGUCAUUUGGCUCCAUUUCUGCUGCGACUGGCGAUGCAACGCCACCAUCCGGCUCUGAGAGCAAGAUUGCCCCUCCCUCACGGACUGAUUCACCCGCUCCGGCUGGAAAAGUCAAGAAGAAGCUUGACAUAAACAGCCUCUUCCAGAAAAAACAGGCUGCAACUUCUGCAGCUCCUACGGCCCCUGCUUCACCUGCAACAGGACCGACUGCCUCGCCCAGAGUAACCCCUUCGACGAUCCCGCCCGCUCAACCUCAACAGACCCCAGUCAGCCAGGCUCCCCCAGAGACUCCUUCUAUGCGGCCUUCAGCGAUUCACCAAUCGUCUUACGACUCUCCUUCAAUCCGAAAUAGCCCACUGCCCGUCGUAAAUCACCCGCCUAAUCAAAUGCCUUCACCAAUGGCUCCAGGUCCAAAUCCAACUCCAUACCACUUUACGCCUCCCAAUAUGCGACAGGGAGGUACUGCUGGACCCGGUGUAAAUCCUCCUCGCUCUCCUAACAUCAGCCGAGCGAUGACCAAUGGAAACAUGCGCGGUCCUCCUGGCGCACCAGGCUCUGGUGUACUUGGUAGCCCGCGCAUGGGUCCACCCCCAUCGACAAACGCUCCUCCGGCUCCCCCAGCUGUACCAACGCCAAUACCCGGCGUACCUCCUGGAAUGAUGAACGCUCCCAACGCACCAGUUGCACAUCCUCCUCCUCAUAUGCCGGUACCUUCUAUGCCUCCUGGUCAAAUUCCCCACAUGGGAAUGCCUCCUGGUGCUCCAAUGUGGCCAUACUAUUACCCCUCCCAUUUUGACCCUAUGCAACCAUACUACUGGCAUGCACCCCCACCCGGGCCCCAUAUGGGGGCUCAUCCUCCUCCACCCGGAUCGCAGCAGCCAGCAACGAUCCCACUCCCUCCGUCCGGUAUGCCCACUCCUAGUACGGCACCAAUGUCGAUGCCCAUGUCUCCUCGCGUUCCACCUACUGGUCCAUCGUCUGCUGCUCCUCCGACCCCUGCCACUCCUCAUACUGCUCUCGCCCAGGCACCGCCCGGGCAACGAGGGAGCUACAUAGCUCCCAGGCGGCCAAUCGCCAUUAAAAACUCUGCGGGCGAGGAGAUUGAUCUCUCCAAGGUUUCGAGACCUCCCAAACCUGAAGAGGCUCAAAAUACUCAAGCCGUCAAAAAGGAUGAGACACCGGAGAGACGCCCAGUUUCCAUCAGAAUGGAAACAGAAGAUGCGCAUAAGAAACGUAUUGAAGAGGAGAAGCAAAAGGAAAAGGAGAGGCUCCGUAAGGAGGAAGAGUUGGCAAAGACCAAGGCGAAGCGCGAUGCCGAGGCUCGAGAACGCGCAAAGCGAGACCAAGAGGAAAAGGAACGUCGUCGACGCGAGGCUGAGGAGGCUGAACGCAAAAAGGUCGAAGAAGAGGAAAAGGUGAAGCGCGAAGCUGAAGAGGCUGAGCAACGUGAGAAAGAUAGGAUUCGACUCGCUGAAGAGGAGAGACUACGCAAGAUUGAAGAGGAGAAGGAGCGCGCACGCCUCGAGGCAGAGGAAAAGGAGCGAGCCCAACGUCAGGCGGAGGAAGAGGCAGAGGCCAAACGCAAAGCCGAAGAAGAAGCUAAGCGCAUCGCGGAAGAGGAGGCUAAACGCAAGGAAGAGGAGGAGAAGCGGAAGGCGGCAGAAGAGGCCAAACGGUUGGAAGAAGAGGCGAGGCGCAAAGCUGAAGAGGAAGAAAAGGCAAGAAUUGAGGCCGAGGCGGCGCGAAAGGCCAAGGAGGCUGAAGACGCCAGACUGGCGAAAGAAAAGGAGGAACAAGAGACUGCUGCCGCUGCCGCUGCUGCGGCUACAGCGGCGACCGCUCACCCUUCUACGGCCGAAGCCACCUCUCAAAGCUCGACACCCGCUGGAUCGACGCCCGCUUAUGCGUCCCCUGCUCAGUCCUCAUCAGCGCUCCCUCCAAAGAGCGCUCUCCCACCAUUAUUAGACGCCAAUAAGCGUCGACCAAUUCCCGGCCGUUUGGAUCUUUCCGCCACAUCGAGUGCCAACCUGCCGCAACCUCUUCCAUCCGCUCUUGCCAGUGCACGGAUCAUUGAAGACAUUGGAAAGGUCUCUUACCCAGAGGGAAUCAAGGCCCCAAGCAGUGAGCUGAACGUGAAUGCCACCAGUGGUAAAUUCAGAUAUGAUCGUGAUUUCUUGAUGCAAUUCAUGAAGGUCUGCAAGGAGAAACCAGACGACAUGCCAUCCCUGGACGCAAUUGGCCUCGAGCCAUCAGAUCAACAGGGCAGCUUUAGCGGUCGCCGAGGACGUGCUCCGAUCGGGGGACCGGGCUCGGCUAGGGGCUCUGUCGGUUUGGGCCUCAAUGGACCUGGUGGAGUGCCGUUUGGUGGAAAGAGCUUUGGUGCUGGCAACAUGGGUCAGUUCCAAGCUCCUUCUGGUCGAUCUUCGGAAGAACGGUUUGCUGCCUCCUCCCAACGCGUUCCAUCUGGCCAAGUACCGUUUCCUGGCCGUCCAAUUGGCCGUACGAAUAGUACUACUGGUCCUCCGAUGUCCGGACCCGGCAGUCGGCGUGACACACCUCAGCGCAGUCACAGCAAUAAGGGCAUGAAGCGCACCGACUCCAAAGUCGGUCCCGCUCCUUUGGCUAUGCAAAGUUUCACAGCGCCAGAGCUCGAGUUACAUCACGCAGAAAAUUCCUGGUCUGCCCAGCGCAAGCCGACGAACGUGGAUCAAAACACUCCCGAAUACGUUGAUCGAAAGGUCAAGGCACUGCUCAACAAGCUUACUAUGGAAAAAUUCGACUCUAUCUCGAAGCAGAUUUUGGAAUGGGCGAACAGGUCGGUCAACGAGAACGAUGGUCGCACGUUGAUUCAAGUCAUUCGGCUCGUAUUCGAAAAAGCAACCGACGAGGCCACUUGGUCGGAGAUGUAUGCCAGGCUUUGCAGAUUCCUCAUGGAACGUAUCAGCCAGGAUGUCCGUGACGAGGGUAUCAAGAAUGCUGACGGCAAACCAAUUGCUGGAGGCAACCUCUUCCGCAAGUACCUGCUGAACCGCUGUCAGGAAGACUUUGAGCGGGGAUGGUCGGCCAAGGAGGCGGCUGCCGUAGCUGCAGCUGCCAACAAGGCCAACGACGAGAAGGCCGCUGCUGCCGCAGAGAAAUCUGGAGAAGAAGUCCUCUACUCGGACGAAUACUAUGCCUCGCAAAAGGCCAAGCGUCGUGGUCUCGGUCUCGUCAAGUUCAUCGGUGAACUCUUCAAACUGCAAAUGCUUACAGAGCGAAUCAUGCAUGAAUGUAUCAAGAAGCUGCUCAGCAAUGUCGAGAACCCCGAAGAGGAAGAAAUCGAAAGUCUGUGCAAACUCCUCACAACUGUUGGACAAGCACUCGAUACUCCAAAGGCCCGGAAUCAUAUGGAUAUUUAUUUCACCCGUAUGCAAGAGCUUGCCAACAGUGGACAGAUCAGCUCCCGCAUCCAGUUUAUGCUUAUUGAUGUUAUCGAGUUACGGCAACGCAAGUGGGUCAGCCGUACGCAAGCUGCGGCUCCCACCACGAUCGCGGAAGUCCACCAAAAGGCCGAACGAGAUCGACAAGUGGCUGAGAGAGAGGCGGCACUGCGACAAGCAGGAGGACGUGACAAUCUCAGAGGAAGUCGACGAGGGGAUACUCGCGAUUAUGGACCACCGCAGGUCGGCGCUGAUGGAUGGACGACUCCUCAACGAAUGGCGGCAGCCACCAAAGUUGGCGACAUGUCUCAGUUUGGCAAAAUCUCCAAGACUACGAACAUGCAAUUUGGGCCCACGAGCGUCUUCUCCAAGAAAGACAAGCGUGAUUCAAUGUCAUCCGUGACCCGAGCCAGCUCAUCGUCCAACAUGUUUGCCGCCCUCAACUCGAGCGAAGCCACCCCCGACGCAGUAUCCGCCGGCUCGAGAACAGCCAACUCGACCCGACCGCCUAGUCGCAAGGGUAGCAUUGACUUUGGGGCCGAGCCUCAGCGCAGGCGCCUCAUGCUGCACCCUCGUACUCAGAAUAUCGCUUCUGACGCAGGAUCGGUUCGAGACGAGGUCGCUUCCACAGUCGACCAGUCGGAAACGGGUGACGAUGAGGCGGCAAGCACUGCUGCAAGUGCCAGCGGUCAGAACAAGGGUCCUGCCUCUAUGACAACAGAUCAAGCGAAGCGAAGAGUCAAGGAGGAUGUGAAGGAGUUAUUUAUGCUCCGUCAGCUCGGCGAGGCAGAGGGGUACUUUACUGCUUUGCCAGCCGACCUCCGCUGGAUCCUCGUCGAGCAAUUGGUCCAUCAUGCCAUUGAUGCGCGACCGGCGGACGUGCAGCUCAUCGCGGAUGUCUUCACUAUGGCCGCCUCCAAAUCACUCGUUGACGAGGAUCAGUUCUCGCAGGGGUUCGCAUCGGAUAUGGAAUAUCUCGAAGAUACCAGUACGGACUCGCCAAACGCAUACGGAAACGUCGCUACGCUGAUGAAGGCGGCCAAGCUCUCACAAGAUGCCGUGGAAAGACUUGCGGAUAAAAUCAUCAUGGAAGGGGAGAUGGCCGUCACACCUAGGGAGAAACUUCUUCGCAAAUAUGCUGCCCUCUCGACCUGA